AUGAUUCUCUCAGGAUCGUUCGGUACCUACUCUUUGCCGGUGCGGAAUGCCCUUCGAGGGUAUCAAAAGCUAGCUGAGGCCGCGCCGGAUAAGUUCUUGAGAUAUCAAUAUAUCGAUCUCCUCGAUAAAUCGCGAGAACGAAUAGCGCGGCUGCUCAAUGUCCCGUCUGACGAAUGUGUCUUUGUACCAAAUGCAACCACAGGCAUCAACAUCGUGCUACGCAAUCUCCAGUAUCAGGAGAAAGACUGUAUAAUCUACUUUGAUGUCGUCUAUGGAGCCAUUGAGAAAACGCUGGUUUCCCUGCUCGAAACAAACCCCCAACUUACACUGCGCAAAGUGGGACAUGGACAGGACUUUGGCUUCUCACUUCCUUGCACGCACUCCGAAAUCCUGAAUGCAUUAUCACAGACCAUUUCCCGCGUCUUAUAUGAUGGGCUCCGACCCAAAAUCUGUGUGUUCGAAACCAUAGCCUCUCUGCCCGGAGUGCGGUUUCCUUUUGAGAGGAUCGCAAAAAUGUGCAAAGAAUACGACAUCAUCAGUGUAGUUGAUGGCGCCCAUGGUGUUGGCCAGAUUCCGCUCAAUCUGGCCGAGCUCGAUGCCGAUUUCUUUGUGAGCAACUGCCACAAGUGGUUGUAUACUCCUCGAGGUUGUGCUGUGCUGCAUGUGCCCAAGCGCAACCAACAUCUGAUCCGGACCACCUUUCCGACGUCUCAUGGAUACCAACCACCAAAGUCAUACGCAUCCUCAAUCCCAAAUCCCCUCCCGCCGAGCGACAAGUCGGAUUUCAUAAACCUGUUCCAAUUCGUCGCUACCGCCGACAACACCCCAUUUUAUUGUGUGCCGGCCGCACUGAAUUUCCGACAGAAUCUCUGUGGCGGUGAGCACGCCAUCUAUAACUAUAUUCGUGACAUUGCUCAACGUGGUGCGGAUCUUCUUGCUAUGAUUCUCGGGACCGAGGUCAUGGACGACCUCGACGUCGGCUAUGGCCUGAAGACAAUGGGAAGCUACGAAGCCAGCGAUCGACGAGAUGGAGGAAGGACAGGUUGGGCUGGCAGUAUCCGGGAUUGUGCCAUGGCCAACGUUCUACUACCAAUCACGGUUGUGGGUGCAUCUUCUCGGGGAAGCAUCAGCAUGGGGCCUGGUGGAGCGGGAAGUGCAGGCGGCCUCUCGCCUGCUCUACGACAAUCCUCCUAUGGCUUCCCCAGUACCGGAGCAACAACACACAGUCUUCGAGCCAGUGCCACAGGCGGCACGUUGGGCGAGCCUAGAAUGUCCACGUCUCCACUCAACUCGCCGAGUGCGCAGUCAGCAGGGCCCGUCGUUGUCCAGGAAGCUGACGUUUCAACACACAUUGCAUGGAUGGAAAAGACGCUGGUGGACAAGUACAACACCUUCGUGGCCAUCUUCCUGUACGACGGAAAGCUGUGGACGCGAGUCUCAGGCCAGAUCUAUCUCGAACUCAAGGAUUUUGAGUGGCUGGGUGGCGUCCUGAAAGCCCUGUGUGAAGGGGUGCGAUCCGGGGAAAGUCUGCGGAGAAAAGACCAAAAUUCGGCCCCCGACAAGGAAUUCGAAGGCUUCACAUUGCAGUCGCCGACCCCGUCGAGACAAGGGACAGGAACGUCGGUGAGAAGGUUCGAUGUUACGAAGGGUGGAUGGGUUGACACAUAG